UCUGCCGCCAGAGGAGGCUGCUCGAUGCCGUCAUGAAGCCCGAACUCCGGCUGCACAGAGUUGUGUGUCCUGCAGACAUACAGCAGCUGAUGGUGAAUAAAGAAGAGGUUCCCCCUGAGCAGCAGCAGUGGAGCCUCCUUGUGGAUCAGGAGGACCCAGAGCCCCCCCACAUUAAAGAGGAACAGGAGGAACCGUGGACCAAUCAGGAGGGAGAGCAGCUUCAACAACUUGAGCAGGCUGAUAUCAAGUUCACAUUGACUGCUGUCACUGUGAAGAGUGAAGAAGAUGAAGAGAAACCUCAGUUGGCACAGCUUCAUCGGAAUCAGACUGAGGAGAACAGAGCGGACUGUGGAGAACAAGAACCUCUGAAAUGUACUGAGGACAAGACUGUAGACAGUGAAGAUGAUAGGAUCCAGACCAGGGAACCUCAGUCUGGUUUAAAUACAAAAAAUAACAAACAGCCUCUAAGUGAUAUAAGAUGUAAAACUGAUAAGAAUGCAUUUAGUUGUUCUGAGUGUGAUAAAAGAUUUAGCCGAAAGGACACUCUAACUAUACAUAUGAGGAUUCAUACAGGAGAGAAACCGUUUAGUUGCUCCGAGUGUGGUAAAAGAUUUAGCCAAAAGGGCGGUCUAACUGAACAUAUGAGUAUUCAUACAGGAGAGAAAGCAUUUAGUUGCUCUGAGUGUGGUAAAAGAUUUAGACUAAAGGGCCAUCUAACUAUACAUAUGAGGAGUCAUACAGGAGAGAAAGCAUUUAGUUGCUCUGAGUGUGGUCAAAGAUUUAGCCGAAAGUGGAGUCUAACUAAACAUAUGAGGAUUCAUACAGGAGAUAAACCAUUUAGUUGCUCUGAGUGUGGUAAAAGAUUUAGACUAAAGUGUAGUCUAACUGAACAUAUGAGGAUUCAUACAGGAGAGAAACCGUUUAGUUGCGCCGAGUGUGGUAAAAGAUUUAUCCACAAGGGCAAUCUAACUGUACAUAUGAGGAUUCAUACAGGAGAGAAAGCGUUUAGUUGCUCCUAGUGUGGUAAAAUAUUUAGACUAAUGGGUAAUCUAACUGCAUAUGGGUAGUCCUACAGGGGAGAAAGAAUUGACUUGCUCUGUGGUUAAAGAUUUAAGUUGCAUCGUUUGCAACAAAAGAUUGAUUAGGAUUUGUCAGCAACUAUUCAUAUUAUAAAUAGUUCACUGUUGUAAAUAGAGAAUUUAGAAUCCCCCUUUCACCUGUUUUUAUCAGAGUUAAACAAUUUUUAUGUUUCUAGAAAAUAUAACUCAUUGACUAACAUGAAAGAUGUGUGUUGAUAUUCCCUGUUUCUACUGAUUUGAUUUAUGCAUCAUAUAAUAUAUAUAUAUAUAUAUAUUAGGGCUGUGCAAUUAAUCGAAUUUUGAUCGUGAUUUCGAUUUUUGGGUCAAACGAUCUCAAAACUAAUAUAAUCGAGUUGAAACGAUUUAUUUGGCAUUUUUCGUUGUACAGUAGGCCUAGAGGUUUUCUAAAAGAGACGCGCAUGCGCAAUUCAGUCCUUCCCCCAAAGCAUUCAACGCGGCCCUGCUGACUGGCACUCACUCUCAAGCAGCUGUAAAGUGAAGGAGGCGAGUUGUGUGUGUGGUGACCGGCGGUAUUUAAAAAAACAGCGCGAGUGGAAAAUGGCAGAGGGAGGGCCGCCCCGUUUGAUCGACAAAAAGGGUAGGAAAAGUUAUCUUGUAUGGGAACAGUUCGGAUUCGAAGAAUCUGACGAGGCGCAGCACCACACAAUGUGCAAGAUUUGCUACAAGGUGAUAUCUGCGCCACUUGGCAACACAACAAAUCUAUUCAACCAUCUGAAACUAAAGCACAAAGUCACUCACGACGAAUUAAUAAAGAAACAAAAAGACAACGCCACAACCCCCACGACAUCAACGCAAAGACAGACAUCGAUCUCAGCCACACUGUAUAAUGCGACUCCUUAUCCGUCAAAUUCGGAUAGGCACAAGAAAAUAACAGCUGCCAUUGGAUACUUUUUAGCUAAAGAUAUGCACCCCAUCAGUACAGUCGAGGGUGAGGGUUUCAAGAAGCUAAUCCAUACUUUGGACAAACGGUAAAACAUCGCCCAUGGACUGAGGGAAGCUCUGGCGGAAUGGGGAUUAAACGAGGGAAAGCUAGUCUGCAUCACCACGGACAAUGCCGCUAAUAUAAAGCUGGCGGCUGAGGUCAAUGGAUGGUUGAGGCUCCAAUGUUUUGGGCACAGACUCCACCUGGCCAUAGGUGAGUAGCAAUUAUUAUUAUGUGAAAAAUGCCAUGAGGGUUAGAUUAGUGAUGAUUCUCAGCUCAUUGAACCAGAUAACACCGGGUUUACACCGGGCGCUGAAGUGCCGCGCAGCGGCAUUCUCAAGCGCGCAGCCGCCUGGCUGUUCACACCGGACCCGCAUUUCUCCUCGCCGGUCAGCCCGCGAUUCUCCGCUUGUUGAAUGUAACCUGUUCAAUGUAGGGGUUCGGGGGUAAAUGAUGAUGGUCCCCAUAGCCAUCCCCCACCCCUCUCUUUCUCUCUCUGUCUGUCUGCUUGUGUAGUUGGGGGGCAGAUGGGGACAUUUAAUAAUGAGAGGAAAAUCGGGGGAAAUUUACAAAGUGUUUUUUUGGAGAGAAAUACUGAAUAAAUGCAUCAUGUUUUCAAACUCAAAAGUAAUCGUUUGAAUAAUCGUGAUUUCAAUAUUGUCCAAAAUAUUCGCGAUUAUGAUUUUUUCCAUAAUCGAGCAGCCCUAAUAUAUAUAUAUAUAUAUACACACACACACACACACACACUAAUUGUAUAUAAUGUCCUCCAUGUCUUUAUGGUUAAAAUGUUUUCCUUGCACAGUAUGUAUAUGUAUGUUCUUAACCAGUUCAUAUGAUUAAAUAUGUUUGUUUUAAA